AUGCAGUUCUUCAAACGCGCCCUCUUGCUCUUCGGAGCAUUGCUCCCAGCUGCCCUCGGACAUCCCAUGGUGCAAGGGAGACACCGGUCUCCAGAGAUGAUCCCUGGAAGAUACAUCGUUACCUUCAAACACGGCUUAGAUACGGCAAAGGUAGAUGCGCACACUGCGUGGGCAACAGACCUGCACAAACGCCAUCUCGAGCAACGUGAUCAAACAAACGACGCCUCGAUGCCUAUUGGCAUUCAGAAGAGUUACAGGUUCACCAGCUUUUCUGCGUAUUAUGGAUCUUUCGAUGAUGCUACCAUCGAGGAGAUCCGGAAACAUGAAGAUGUAGAGUAUGUCGAACAAGACCAAAUCUGGUACCUCGACGCCACCAUCUCCCAGAACAACGCUCCCUGGGGCCUAGGCAGUAUUUCUCAUCGCGGCCAACCAAGCACAACCUACGUCUACGACGAUAGCGCCGGCGAAGGCACCUUCGGCUAUGUCGUGGACACAGGCAUUAAUGUUGACCACCGUGAAUUCGGCGGCCGCGCCAGUCUUGCCUAUAAUGCUGUUGACAAUUCUGACCAUGUCGAUACUGUUGGUCACGGAACGCAUGUUGCGGGGACUAUCGGUGGUGCUACCUUUGGGGUUGCUAAGAAGGCCAAUCUUUUGUCUGUUAAGGUGUUUGCGGGAGAGUCUGGACGGACGUCAGAUAUCCUGGAUGGUUUCAAUUGGGCUGCUAAUGAUAUCGCUACGAAGAGGCGGACUGGCAAGGCAGCUAUCAAUAUGAGCUUAGGCGGCGGAUUCUCAUUUGCCUUCAACCGCGCCGUCGAAAAUGCAUAUGACUCCGGCGUUCUUUCCAUCGUAGCCGCCGGUAACGAAAAUAUGGACGCCCGCUUCACCAGCCCCGCCUCCGCCGAAAACGCUUUCACAGUAGCUGCCAUCGACCGCAACAACUCCCGCGCGUCCUUCUCAAACUACGGCUCCGUAGUGGACAUCUUCGCUCCGGGUGUCAACAUUCUCUCCUCCUGGAUCGGGAACGACACCGCCACCAAUACGAUCUCCGGAACAUCAAUGGCGACGCCGCAUGUUGUCGGGCUGGCGAUUUAUGUAAUGGGACUUGAGAAUCUGGCUGAUGCAAAUGCGGUAAGUAAGCGGCUGAAGGAGCUGGGGACGAGGGAUGUUGUGACGAGGACAUCAGGGAGUCCGAAUUUGUUGGCGUUCAAUGGGGCUCAGGGGGGUGCGGGGACUGGGUCUGGGGAUGGACAUGGGCGUGUUGAUGAGGAUGAUGAGGAUGAGGAUGAGAACUGGGAUUGGCCGUUUGAGAUGAAGAGGGCUGUGAGGAGGUGGUGA